UUAUUUUUAUUUGGAAGAAAAAAGAAGCAGUGUAUUGCCUUCCACAUCCACUUGAUCCUCGAUACCCACGCACCCAACCCUUGAGAGUCAAAGACCCUAGGUUUCCAUUUCGGGUAAUCUGACAAUUUUAGGAUCGGAUCGGAGAGAAUGGAUUCAAGCAGGAGGGCGGUUGAGUCAUAUUGGAGAUCGCGGAUGAUCGAUGGAGCCACCUCUGAUGAGGAGAAAGUGACUCCUGUUUACAAAUUGGAGGAGAUUCGUGACUUGCUUAGAUCCUCCCAUUCCUCUAUUGUUAAAGAAUUCUCUGACUUCAUUCUCAAACGUCUCCAACACAAAUCCCCUAUUGUCAAGCAAAAGGCUCUGAGAGUGAUCAAGUAUGCGGUGGGGAAAUCUGGUGCAGAAUUCAGAAGGGAGAUGCAAAGGAAUUCAGUGGCUAUACGCCAGUUAAUUCACUACAAGGGCCAACCUGAUCCUUUGAAGGGUGAUGCACUCAAUAAAGCAGUCCGUGAAACAGCACAGGAAGCAUUAUCUGCUCUAUUUUCUUCCGAAGAGAGUAAACCUGCUCCCACAGAAACUCUUGGUGGUCGGAUACAAGGCUUUGGUAAUACCAGCCAUGAAGUGCCAUCAGAGCAUAACAAGUCUUCUUUCCUCAGUGACGUUGUUGGUAUAGGAAGUGCUACAAUAAAACAAGGACUUAAUACUCUUACACAAUCUCCAUCCCUGAAAAAGAAUGACACUGGAAGUUACAGAAGUCCAAAUCUUCAGAGAUCAUUGACAACAGAAGCUGACUACACAGAGAGAUAUGAAGGGAUUUCUGACACUUCUCGGUUUUCAAGAAAUGCUGCUUCUGGAAGUUGGAGUCAAGAUCUUCAAGCAUCAAAAGCUGAAACAGCCAAUGCAAAUUCAGGUUUGGGUUCUGGUGAAAAGACCCGAGAAGAGAGAUUAUUAGAAACUAUUGCAACAUCUGGUGGAGUUCGUCUGCAGCCAACUCGGGAUGCACUUCAGGUUUUCCUUCUGGAGGCAUCAAAAUUAGAUGCUUUGGCUUUGACUCACGCCCUUGAAUCAAAACUGCGGUCACCGUCAUGGCAGGUUCGUGUGAAAGCAAUCUGUGUCCUCGAGGCUAUCUUGAGGAAAAAAGAUGACGCGCAUUUUGGUACUAUGGCAUCUUAUUUCAAUGAAAAUAAAGAUGUUGUGGUAAAAUGCUCUGAAUCUCCCCAAGCGUCAUUAAGAGAAAAAGCAAACAAAGUCUUAAGUCUUCUGAAUGAUGGACAAACAGCUGAUUCUGUGGCUCAUGUAGAUAGGUCAGCAAAGGCUGGUAACCCUGCUGUUCAGAUGCCUGACUUGAUAGACACAGAUAAUUCUGAUGAUCUGUUUGGAGCAAAUGAUUUAGCAAAUAUGCAGAGUGGUGAAGGCAUAAAAAUUGCAUCCACAUCUGCCACCCCUCUGAUUGAUGAUCUAUUUGCAGACAAUUUGGGCGGCGGCCAGCAUAAAAAUGAUGAUGACCCCUUUGCUGAUGUCUCAUUUCACACCAGUAAUGAGAAGGCGCCUGAAGCUGAUCUCUUUUCUGGUAUGACAGUUGACAAAUCAGAUGCUACUGAAGUCCAUUCGGCUGUCAAUAAAAAAGGACCCGAACUGUUUGACAUCUUUGGUCCCAGUGUUGAAGUUUCCCAGGAACCCAAUAAUAAUCCUAGAAAUGAGGUUCCUGAUUUAAUGAAUGAUCUCUCCUUGAAUGGGAAUGAGUCGUCUAAGAAGCAGAAUGGCAGCUCUGGGGCAACCCCCUAUCAGAAUAUGUUUCAAGAGUCCACUAUUGAUCCUCGUCAUCAGGCUUCUAAUGAUGCCUUGAACAGCAUACUUUCCUCCCAGGCUGGUGGAGCAAAUGCAAAUCCCAUGUUUCCUUUGGGUGCUAUGCAGUAUAACUUGCCUCCUGGCUUCGUGUUGAAUCCAUCAUUUGCUCCUCAGGAUCUAAACUAUAACGCCAUGGGUAACAUUUUGGCUCAACAGCAAUUCCUUGCAACACUUUCCAAUUACCAGCAAUUAGGGAGUGUGCACCCAUCCUCUAGUGCUAGUCAUGCUGCUGGAGGUUAUGAUUCAGCUCUUCCCGAUAUCUUCAAUGCUAACAUUUCGAAUCAAACUCCUACUUCCUUGAUGAACACUUCGAAGAAAGAAGAUACGAAAGCAUUUGAUUUUAUCUCGGAUCAUUUGGCUGCAGCUCGUGAUCAAAAGAGGGUGAUUUGACCGGUAAUAGCUCAAAGCAAACCAGAAUGCGCUGCUUAUAAGAUGUAGCUAUACACAAUUUGAAGCAGGAAUUUAAUCUGUAAAGGUCCUUUAGAAGCAGUGAUAUCAAUGUGAAAAAACCAAAUAUUUUUUCCCAAUAAGUCUGUUCUGCAUGUGUUAGGAAACAGUGUAUCGUUGAGAAUUAGUUUUACCUGAUGAACAAAAGUUUCGAUGUCCAGUGCAAAUGGAGUUUUGCAAAGGUUUUAGGGGGCG